AUGGGGUCUCCCUCGAAGCCUUAUCAAUGUCAAAGAUGCCCAAGGACAUUUGCUCGACUAGAGCAUCUUCAGCGCCAUGAUCGAUCCCAUACCAAAGAGAAACCGUACAACUGCGGGAAAUGUCCCAAGGCAUUUACUCGCAAGGACUUGUUGGCACGUCACGAGCGCCUGGCUCACAGCAGUCCGGCGUUGGAUGCAACACCAACAGGCUCACCUCAGCCUGGUUCUCCUCAUGUUUUUGAUGGGCUUAAUGUUCUGGCAACAGCUGUGGCUGGUCGCCCGCUCUCCCCACCAUCUACGGGCUCCCAUCUGAUGAACACCGCUUCUCCAGCGUCUUUUCCGGUGGCUCUUACGGACACCGUUUCCGGGGGCACCGUCGCAGACUCCCAACCAGCAGCAGCCGUGCCUUCUGAAGCUCCCGGGUUCACUGAACCGUUCAGUAGCUAUAGUCAGUCAAUGUCUCAUGAUGGGGAUGAUUUCACUACUUUCUUGGAUAGCAUUCCUCUUCCAAGCCACCCUUACUCCCCCACUCACCAACCGCUACCUCUCUUUCCUGCCUUUCAUUUUGACCCCACGAGCUCGGACUAUGACCACAUCAUCUCAAAAGAUAAGUCGGCUAAUUAUAUUGGCUCGCCUUCCACACCUGUAUUGCCCCGACAUGGUACGCAGCUGCCAUCGCUCCAGCCGGACCGAACUCAGGCACCCUAUAAGGCUCGACAAUCUACUGGACAAAUAUCGGUAACGACGCAGUGCAGAGACCGCAUCAUCGCAACCUUAGCAGACUAUUCUAAUGUCAUUCACAAUCCGUUCGUCCCAUCACGGCACGCAUUAUCUCGCUGCCUUGGUGGAUACAUGAAUGGUUAUCAUGACCACUAUCCAUUCUUGCACAUUGCCACACUCGACACAGACGCAAGUCCUGUGCAUCUGCUUCUCUCUAUGGCCUCUUUAGGGGCUCAAUACUGCCGUGAGCCUGACACAAGUAUGGAACUAUAUAAGGUCGCCAAGGCCAUGACUCUUGAGCAUGUCCGGAGAGAGUUCCAGUGGGGUUGUUUGACUCAUAACAUGACAAACCAUGUCGAUAAGGCGGUCAGAGACCAGGAUGUCAUCGAAACUGUUCAGGCAUUUUUGAUGCUCAUAUCCGUGUCUUGUUGGUUCGAACGUGACCCACCGCAUCACGAGGCUCUAUACAUGCGAAGCAUUAUGGAGACCCUUCUUCGGCAAGGGGGACUCAAUGAGCUACCGGCACAAGACGGGACUUGGGAGAGCUGGAUUCGCAGCGAAGGUGUUAAGAGGACGAAGUUGAUCGUCUUCUGCUUCUUCAACGUGCAUACCAUCGUGUUUGACAUACCACCGCUGAUUUUGACUGAAGAGCUCACUCUUGACCUGCCUUGCACCGAGAAAGAAUGGAAUGCGACGAAUGCGAACCAAUGGCUCGUGGAAAGGAGUCAGAGCCGCGAGGAGCCUAAGCUACAAGUCGCACUGAACGCUCUUUUCCCACAAACCUCGGGGGCCAAAGGUCGCCUAGAAAGCUUUUCCUCGAUGGGCGGCUACGUUCUAAUCCACGCAAUGAUUCAGAAUAUUUGGCUAAUGCAGAAAGCCAGUCGCCUUCCUGUCUCCAACGGCGGCUUCUUGUCACCAGCAGUGAUCACUUCGCUAGAGCAAGCCUUGGAAAAUUGGUGUCAAUGCUGGGAACACAACCAGGAAUCUUCCAUUGAUCCAUUCAACCCCCAUGGUCCGCUCUCUUUCACCUCAACAGCCCUCCUUCGCCUUGCUUAUAUCCGUCUCAAUGCCGAUUUCAGCUCAGCGCGACGACUCAAAACCUGGAAUCCGGACGAGAUAGCCCGCUCUUUGAAGGAUGACUUAUGCGUGCAAAGGAGCGAUAGGCUUACUCGCGCCGCAUUACACUGUGCUCAUGCGCUCAGCACGCCCAUUAAAUUGGGGAUAAAUUAUGUGGCGCACAAUCUUGUUGUGUCCUGGUCCAAUCAGUACGCCUUAUGCUCGCUUGAAUGUGCCGUCCUGCUGGCCAAGUGGCUGGAGGUGGCAACAGUUCCCAAUCCAGAGCCAAGUCUGACUGAGCAGGAGAGUAAACUGCUCGAAUUUGUGUUGGAGAUGGCCAUGGAAGUCCAACAUGGGGCUUCCCGCGAGUGGCUCCUGGCGAACAAUACCCGACUGAGCGCAACAGUGACUGGGCUCUGGGCGAGGUUGUUCACAGGAGAUUAUAUAUGGCAAUUAGUUAACCUGAUAGGUCGUUCUCUCAAAAGAUAUGCUGAGAUUCUGGACCCCUCAAGUUCGGAUGGUCCGGCAUAG